AUUUGCGGGUUAAGAAAGAUGGCGGCUGAGAAGAGCAGGUUGAAACAGCGGAGUCAUAAAAGCAGCAUAUUUAAAGAAGGUGGCCACAGUUUUAAAUCAUGCGCAUCCCAGAUGAGGUGUGAAGAGGAGGACUAUGACCUGCUGGAGGAGGAAGAGGAGGAGAAAGUGGGCAGGCCCCAGCCUGUGCAGAUUGUAGUGGCAAAUGAGGAGGAGCAUUCAUUCUUCCUGCAGGAGCAGGUGCUGGAGCAACUGCUGCUGCAGAAGAAGGUCCAGGACCUCCAUGUGGUCGUCGUCUCUGUGGCUGGAGCUUUUCGCAAGGGCAAAUCCUUCCUGCUCGACUUUAUGCUUCGUUACAUGUACAAACAGUCAUCUGAUUCGUGGCUCGGCGGUGUGGAGGAACCUCUGACCGGCUUCACUUGGCGGGGUGGUUGUGAACGGGAGACCACGGGCAUCCAGGCGUGGAGCGAUGUGUUUGUAGUGGAGAAACCAGAUCACAGCAAGGUUGCAGUUCUACUAAUAGACACGCAGGGAGCGUUUGACAGCCAGUCUACCGUUAAAGACUGUGCCACACUAUUUGCCUUGAGCACCAUGACCAGCUCUGUGCAGGUGUACAACCUUUCCCAGAAUGUUCAGGAAGAUGACCUUCAGCAUCUCCAGCUCUUCACUGAAUAUGGACGACUGGCCAUGGAGGAAGUCUAUGAGAAACCCUUUCAGAGACUGAUGUUCCUAAUCAGAGAUUGGAGUUACCCAUAUGAACAUCCAUACGGCCUGGAGGGAGGGCGGGGCUUCUUGGAUAAACGAUUGCAGGUGAAACAGAACCAACACGAGGAGCUCCAGAAUGUCCGCAGACACAUCCACUCCUGCUUCUCCAAAAUCAGCUGUUUCUUGUUGCCUCACCCUGGCCUCAAGGUGGCCACCAAUCCUCAUUUCGAUGGGCGGCUCACAGAUAUUGAUGGGGACUUCCAGAAGGAGCUGCUGAACCUCGUUCCAGCGCUGCUUGCUCCAGAAAAUCUAGUGGAAAAAGAGAUUGGAGGAGUCAAAAUUACCUGCAGAGAUCUGCUGCACUAUUUCAAAGCCUACAUGAAGAUCUAUCAGGGAGAGGAACUCCCUCAUCCCAAAUCAAUGCUCCAGGCAACAGCUGAAGCAAAUAACCUUGCAGCUGUAGCAGGAUCCAAAGACAUAUACAACAAAAGCAUGGAGCAGAUCUGUGGUGGAGACAAACCAUACAUUUCCCCAGCAGAGUUAGAGCGCCGUCAUGUGGAGCUACGGCAGGCUUCCGUGCGGUGCUUCCGCUCUGUCAAGAAGAUGGGCGGAGAAGAUUUCUGCCGGCGCUACCAGGAGAAGCUGGAGGCAGAACUCGAUGAGGCCUAUGCCAACUUCAGCAAGCAGAAUGAUGGAAAGAACAUCUUCUACGCUGCACGGACGCCCGCCACACUCUUUGCUGUCAUGUUUGUCAUGUACAUAGUGUCAGUUGUCACCGGCUUUGUGGGCAUUAGCUCUGUGACCACGCUGUGCAACCUGGUGAUGGGAUUGGCUCUGACAGCACUCUGCAUCUGGGCCUAUGUUAAAUACUCUGGAGAGUUUCGCGAGGUCGGAGGAUUCAUUGACCAGGUGGCUGAAACCCUCUGGGAACAGAGGACUCCACGAAAGAUCUUCUCCAAAGUCUUUGAGGUGGCCCGAAGUCGAGUCCUGUUUGGAAGCUUUAUCCCAACACCACGGCCCCGGCUCACCUCCAACAACAACAUCAAGAAGAAAAAUUAGCAGCACACCAUGUUUUCCCUGUCAUGUUGGGUUUUUUUUCCUCUCCCCCUCUCUCUUCCCUUUUCCUGUCACAUCCACCUUCUGCCCUGUUUUAAAAUGAUUUGAAAUGUAUAAAUAGAUUGGUUUUUUGGAUAUAGAUGAUGGUUCCUCGCCAUGCUGGCUGUGGGUUUAAGGGCACGCUGUAGUUCUGAACAAAGUGGUAUGAUGUAUUUUAUUCUCAACGAGGGUUAUGAUUCUUAGUGUGGGUGGCCAUUCUUACACCAUUAUACCAGGUGUGGUUACCUGUCAAAUAAUGACUGCACAUUAUUAAUCCCCGUUUAUCUGAAUGUAUGUAUGAAGAGCAUGUCACCAGACCCUCCUCACUUCUCUCUUUGCGGUACUUCCUCUUGUCUUCAUCAGGUUUCUGUGUCGCUGGGCGGCAAUACAAAUAGUUGUCACAACCAAAGUUUACAGUGUUACUCGUAGAAACUCUCUUAGUGUUUCUUGUGACUCUGCUGAACAUAUAUCAGCCAUAAAAACUUUCAAUCCACAUUAUGUAGGGUGUAUACAACAAAAUAACCCUGUGACAUGAACAAACAUGAUUUCAGGUCAGGGCUCCAACCAGUUCUCUUCAUUAUUAAGUGAUUUUUAAAGUCUUACUUCAAUUGAACCUUUUCUGAAAAAGAUGGAAAUGACAGUUAUGCAGCAAUUUGUUUGUUUUUUUGUUUUUGUUAUUUUCUGAGGUUAAGAAAGGAUUUUAAUUUUAUUAUCAAGCUAGUUCAGAUAGUAAUCUAUAGUUACCUUAAUUAGUUUGUCUGGAUCUGGGAAAGAGCUGAAAGUAAAGGAAGCAAAGUUUUGAUAAAACCAGCUCAGCACUUAAGUAUUCACCUUAGUAGAAUGAUCUGCAGGUGUAUUGUACUGAUUGACAAAAGACAGUGUCUGUCAGUUCUUUUUUUUUUUUUUUUUUUUUUACUGUUUUAAGUGGAUUAUGACUUGACGUGUUUACCUCCAGAUACUCUUUAUUUUUAAUACUCGGCUUUGUCAGAGUCCUGCUUGCUUUCCAACAGCAAGAUAUGAGGUAUCAGACUCAUGUAUGUUUGCAGUGCAGACUAGCAUAGAGUGACCAAAAUAUUUGUUCAACAGAUCUGAGACAUUUCCAGCUCUCUACUUGACCUACCAAGAAAGAUGUCUUACUAAAUGUUCAGCUAUUAAGUUUAUCUAUGUCUGGAUCUCCAGCUUCUAUACAUUUUCUGCUACUUGGUCCUCUUAACCUGACUGCCAGUAUUUGAGUAAAACUUUCAUUUUUAUUCUCCAGUGUAGCUCAGGUUAGCAAUGUAGAGUAUUUUUAUUAUUUAGCUUUGGGGGGGUUUAUUAUUAAACUUAAGCUCUCUUCCCUUCAUCAUUCCUCGUUGUCCUCUUUAUCUUGGCAGAUCUGAUGGACUGAGUCAGCUCCUCUUGUUUCUAAACCACCCAAGACCACAUAGUAAAACACCAAAAAAUUGAAUUGUUUGCCAUUCGAUCUGUUGCAUCGCAUAUAUGUAACACAACACUUUGUGGGUCCAGAUUGGUGGGUCCAGUGUUUCUAUUUUCAAAGCCAAAAUCUGUAAAUUGAAUGGCAGGUUCAUUCCAAGUGUUGGCAUUGAUCUCAGGGUCAGAGGUCAUAAAACUUUGCUUUACUGAUCAGUUUUCUUUUGUAACCAUUCCAUCCACAACGUCACCACUGUGUGCUCUUUGUUUUUUUACAGUGUACUUCUUUUUACUGCCACACACACACACAGGCUAUGUGUAUGAAAUAUAAACCUUUAUAAACAUAAAUUUUCUAGACUUUUUUAGCUGGCAGAACGUUUGGGUGGUAAACCUCAUUUCAAAUCACUAGAUGUAAAGGAAUGCUACGUAUAUAUAUGUAUAUAUAUGUGUGUGUGUGUAUAUGUAUAUAUAUGUGUGUGUGUGUGUGUGUGUGUGUAAAUUUAUCUUACAUGAGCACUGCAAUUUCACCCCUUGCUGGCAAAGAAUGUUUAUAAUCUGUUGUUUUUCCCCAUUAUGUUGUAUUUAAAGUUAUUUAAGUUAACUUAUUUUUCAAUACACUAUUAAAUCAGACUUCUUCAACACA